AUGGAGAUGAACCCUGUGCCGCGCACGCCUGAGUCGGUAUAUUCCAACGACAGAUUUGACUCUACUUGGGAGCCAUCUUUUGCUCUACGGUCACCUUCGCGCAUGUCGAUGGCUUCCCAGGCCGAUUCUAGCGCACCUCUAGGCACAGCUGGUGCCUUCAAAUGCGACAUCAUGAUCAAAUUUCUUCGUCAGCGACAAAAGGAAAAGCUGUGGUCAAACAAUGAUACCGAAGAAGGUGUAGUCCUCAAAAGAGCCAAAAACGACUUCAUUUGCCAGCCUUCCGAGCUGUUGUUCGCUCGGAAUGGGCUAUUCGAGCAAAUUAGUUGCCUGAAUGUCAAAGUCGCCAUGACCGUCCGCACAGACGUUGUCCAAUCGUUUCUACAAAUAUCGCAACUACCCUACAUCCCAUACCUCGACGGCCUACGAAUUCAGGUCCUCCCCAACAUGAAUCUCCUGUCGAACUGUAAGAAGCAUCAUUUUGCGGCCUUCAUUCGAGACCCGGCUCUUUUGGUCGUCUGGCAUGACGACCCUGAACAGAUCAUCAGCCGAGCUGAGCAAAUCGAGCAGCACCUGGUAUCCCUGCUCUGGAAAGACGAUAACACUAUUUUCAAAGGUGCAUCACCUAAUAGGACACCUUCAAUUAACGUCGCAGAGAAUGUGGACGCGAGUUCCGAGGAAGAGGGGCGGCGCUACGACGACAAGCCCAGGAGAACAUUGCUAUAUCAAUCUAUCCUCAUGUGUUUCGUGGGAAUCUUGGUCGUCCUCACCAUCGGCCUUGGUUGGCGCAAGGUGGUGGUUGAGGUCAAAAUCGAUCACAGCUACCUUCGCCUUGUCCUGGCUAUUGUCAUAUUACCCCAGAUCUGGCUAGGAUGGUUCUUUUUCCAGACGCUGGUCAAUGGAAUCUCACAAAUCAUCGGACCAGUAAAUCAAAUGGACUCCAACUCCCGGUCAUUCUCAGGGCUUCGUUCGAAGCGCAUCGAGACUGAGUCUUUGCCUCAUGUGACUGUACAAUGUCCCGUGUAUAAGGAAGGGCUGUGGAGUGUCAUCGACCCGACGAUGGUGUCCAUCCGUGAAGCCAUCUCCACGUACGAAAUGCAAGGAGGUAGCGUCAACAUAUUUGUCAAUGAUGACGGGAUGCAACUUCUCAGUCCAGAUCAAGUUAAAGAACGUGAAGAAUACUACGAGGAACACAACAUUGGCUGGGUUGCCCGUCCCAAGCACAAUCCAGGCCCGAACUUCAAAGACGGAGAAAAGCCCUUCAUCCGACCUGGAAAGUUCAAAAAGGCGUCCAACAUGAACUAUUCCAUGAACGUCUCUGCUCGUAUUGAAGACGGUCUAGCCAGGAUUCCCCGCCACGAAAAGCGGUCACAGCAAGACGAAGACAAGGCCUAUCAAGAAGUGCUCGACCAGCUCCUGAAAGAAGAUCAGGGCCGAACAUGGGCCCAAGGCGACGUCCGCAUAGGCGACUAUAUCUUGAUAGUCGAUUCAGAUACCCGCGUGCCAGCCGACUGCUUUCUUGACAUGGUGAGUGAGAUGGAAGCGUCGCCGCAAGUGGCCAUUAUCCAAUACAGCUCGGGAGUCAUGAACGUGACUUCUAGCUUCUUCGAAAAGGGUAUAACGUUCUUCACCAAUCUUGUCUACACGGCGAUUCAGUUUGCGGUAGCGAACGGCGACAUCGCCCCUUUCGUCGGUCACAAUGCCAUCCUCCGAUGGUCUGCUAUCCAAGACAUUGCGUAUGAGGAUGACGGAGUGGAAAAGUAUUGGGCCGAGACGACAGUGUCGGAAGAUUUCGAUAUGGCACUCCGACUGCAAUCCAAGGGGUACGAUCUUCGUUUCAGCACGUACUUUGGUCCCGAUGGUUUCCAAGAAGGUGUAUCCUUGACAGUAUACGAUGAGUUAGCACGGUGGGAAAAAUACGCCUACGGCUGCUCUGAACUCAUCUUCAACCCGUUGCGAUAUUGGCCCACUAGAGGACCCGUGACACCCCUGUUUCGCAGGUUCAUGUUCUCAAGCAUGUCACUGAUGGCCAAGAUCACCAUCAUGUCAUACAUCGGCACGUACUACGCCAUUGCAUCAGCUUGGAUCCUCACCGCCAUGAACUACUUUCUCAUCGGCUGGUUCAACGGCUACCUCGACCACUACUACGUCGACUCAUUCAAGAUCUAUUUUUCCAUCGUGGUGGUGUUCCAGGCUCUCGGCACAAUAUCACUUGCGGUGUUGCGCUACCGCGUUUCGGGUCGCUCGCUUCUCGGGUCCCUUUUCGAAAACCUCAAAUGGCUCCCUCUCCUGACCAUCUUCCUCGGCGGCAUUUCCCUGCACGUGUCGCAGGCCAUCGCAUCGCACAUGUUCUCCGUCGACAUGACCUGGGGCGCGACAGCCAAAGAAGCGACGCGGACCUCGUUCUUCGCCGAAGUUCCCGUCAUUCUGCGCCGGUUCAAAUUCACAUUCACCUUCUGCCUCGUCACCAUCACGACCAUGAUCGUCCUCGCCGGCGUGGGGCCUCUGGGGCGUCUCGUGCCUCACGACUGGCUGAUCACUGGGUUCACCGCCAUCUGGCCACUGGCGCUGGUUGUGGCUUUUCAUUUUCUUCUUCCUUUGGUGUUGAAUCCGGGAUUGAUGCAGUUUACCUUUUAG